GGCAACGCGCAGCAACCGGGGGUCGUGUUUCACCCUCUUGAUCUGAUUUUACCGGACCGUCAUGGUCCACAUGGUUAUUAUUAUGGCUCUCCGAACCGUCGACAUGAGCGCCGGAACGGUCGCAAACCAGGGGUUGGGGUUGGUUCCAACUCCCACACGCUUUGCUGCAGGUGUCAGGACAACUGUCUGUUGCUGGAAGAGAUGAAGGGGGCUGGUGCAUUGUGCGGGGGCUCCCGCUCAUCGUCGUCAAGGAUGAAGAACCGCCAUCAAUGUCAUGACUGUCCUGCUCCACCUACCUCGUUGGAAUCCUCUCUGUCUUCUUUGUCACGAAGGAGACAUCUUCUCAACAGUGGUGCUUGUGCGUGUUGUCGUCGACGCACAGUUUCUAGUUUAGGUACUUUGAGAGCAAAACCAACAGGAACAGAAACAGGACCAGGAAUCAGAACAGAAACAGGAACAGGAACAGGAACAGGAACAGGGACAGGAGGAGGAAGGAAAAUGGGAACAGGAACGAGAACGGGAACAGGAUUCGAACCAGGAAGGAGAAGAGCUGGAUUGGUAUUGUGUUCUGCUGGAUGUGGACAAAGGGAGAAAGUUUGGUCGCGGCCGCGGCCAUCUACGUCAUCACUGAAGCAGUGUCAGUGUCCUGGCGGGGGGUCAUCUUCUUCUAGCAGUUACUCGGCGUCCGUGUCUUCAUGUGCGACACCAUCGUUUAAUCGUCAUUUCAGCGGUGCGACCUCUUCAGAGGAAUCCUCGAUUGUCGGUGAGGGAGAUCGCGAGCUUUGUGUCUCGGAAGUGUCGGACGGUGUGUGCAGUGAAAAGGGAGAGGAGGAGGUGGUAAGCAAAGCCAACUCUGUGGAAGAUAGAAAAGAGGAGGAGGAGGAGGAGAAGGAGGAGGAGGAGAGAGGAAGCGAAGCAAACUCUGUGAAGGGUGGUACAGAGGACGAGAUGGGAAGUCAAGCGAACUCUGUGGGAGAAGCUAACUCUGUGGAAGAUGAGGGGGGAUUGAAAGGGGGGAGAAGGAAAGGGAGGAGGAAGAGACUGGUUCGUGCAUCUGUAAACGGAAGCAGGUUACAGUCAAAGUCGGAGUCAAAGUCAGAGUCCAGGUUGGAGUCAAAGUCAGAGUCAAAGUCGAACGGAAGCUUCGUUGAAAAUCCGGCGGGUGCAUCAGUGUCGUUGACUCGUCGUCGAGGUAGGAGGAGAAAGGGUGUGGUGGUGGUUGUACCUGUGGCUAUGGUGAGUAAUUGUGAUGAAGGUGGUCGAGAGGUGGAAGGGCUGCUCUCGAGGGAGGCUUGCGAUUAUGAGAGAGACGAUACCUUUGUUGGUGCCCGCGGCGUGAAACAGCUUGAUCAAUUGGAGCAUGGCCUUGAGAAGAAGAAAGUUGCUGGACUUCAGUUAACGGACGGCCAAGAAAGUUACCUUCGUCUUGAAGUAACGGAAAGUCGGGAAAAGGACCACCGCCUUGAGCUAAGGGAAGGUCAAGAACAGUACCGUCAUCUUGAGCUAAUGGAAGCUCAGGAAAAGGACGACCGUCUUGAGCUAACGGAAGUUCGGGAAAAGGAAUGUUUUGAGGUAAUAGAGGUUAAGGAACAUGACCCUGUUGUUGCCGUUACCCAUGUCAGUGGCGUUGACUUGGCGGCUUGGCCAGAAGCAGAAGUACGCCUACCUUCUUCCUCAUCCGUCCUGGCGAUGAUCCGAGCUCUUAUGGCACGUUUCGCUCUCUCACAGACUGAGGCAGAGCGGGUCGCCGCCCGGUUUCCUCCGGAGGUCCUCAAGAAUGGACCACUGUACCUGGACCGUACCUGGUCCAAACUAGAGGACCUCAGGGUAGAGCUUGGACUGCCCUCCUGCGAUUUCCAACAUAUGGUGAGUUUGUACCCUGGGUUGAUGCAUCUGGACGCCCCCGAGAAUGUGGCGUCGAUCGUCGCGUUCCUGAGAAGCUUGGGGCUCAACGACGAUGAACUGUCGAAGAUUAUCGUUUCCUGGCCGCAAAUUCUUACCCUUGACUUGUUCCGAGGACCCGCCGAGGUUCAUAAAACCCUUCUUGAAAAAGGAUUUAGCGAGGCGGAAGUCAAAAGGGUCAUUGUUGGCAACCCUAGGCUCUUGGGGUACCCAUCCGAUAGCAAGAUCAGACCUAGACUAGACUUCCUCCUGUGCUUGGGCUUGAAAAGAAACUUGGGGGAGAUUUUGGCCAAAUGGCCCCACCUCCUAGAUGACGGGGUCGAAGAGGCCCUUAGGAAGCGCAUCGAUGCCCUUCUCGAACAAGGGAUCGCCACCUCAGACCUCGGCACGGUGUUUUCCCGGUUCCCACAGUUGUUGAUGUAUGGCAGCGCUGAGGCUUUGAGGACUAAUGUGGAUGUCCUGCGGCGGCUCGGGAUACCCUCGUACAAACUGAAGAAGAUGAUGAUUGCUUUCCCCCAGUUGUUCGCGAUGUCGCCGAAGUCAGAACUGCUGGCUUCGAAAGUCACCUUUCUCCGUAACAUAGGCGUUCGCGAGCAAGACGUUGGGAAAGUUCUUAGCCGAGAGCCGCAGCUACUCGGGCACAGCAUCGAGGAGAACCUCCUGCCUACGGUCGCGUACUUGGAGGAAGUCGUCGGUGUUCCACGGUCACGAAUCGGGCAAAUGGUGACCCGAUUCCCUGCACUUCUCGGACUCAGCACGUCCAACAACCUUCAGCAGAAGAUAGAGUUCCUCCACAAAGAACUUGGGUUCGAAAACUCAGACGUGGGUCGGGUCGCCUGGAAGUUUCCUAAUUUGUUAAGCCUCAGCGUCAAUCGGAACUUGCGACCGACCGUAGAGUUUCUUGUUCGGGAAGGUUUCACGCGCGAGGAAGUCGCAGCCAUGUGUAAACGGUUCCCCCCGAUACUCGCACGCGGCAUCGACUCGACACUCGCACCAAAGCUCGCUUUCCUAUUCGAUGUCAUGAAGCGCUCAAAAGCCGACGUCGUUUCCCACCCCCAGUUCUUCAGCUAUUCCUUAGAUCGACGGAUCAAGCCCCGCUACGAAAAAAUCCGUGACGCGAAGAGAAGGUACAGCCUCACGUAUAUCUACAGUUGUAACGACGAGACUUUCCAAGCAAGGAUGGAAGCACGGCUGCCACUAACUAAGGGUACAAGAGAAAGCUGUCACACAACUGGCCGAGUGUGAUCAAUCUCUCUCUCUCUCUCUCUCUCUCUCUCUCUCUCUCUCUCUCUCUCUCUCUCUCUCUCUCUCUCUCUCUCUCUCUCUCUUGUAUUGUCACAGACCACUGCCUGGUGGACCGCAGGUAGAACAUGGCCAAUAUAUAUAUUCAGCCUGCUGACGAGUCGGUGAAACUCUGACAAAAGUCUGUCACAGCGCCCUGUUUCUUGUCUUUUUCUCCCUUUCUGCCUGCAGUUCACCGGAC